GAGGGCUCCGCCUACGAUAGUCGUAUACUUAAUAACGCUCGCUCGCACUAUAGAUUUGAUACGCUAGAAGGACGAUAUUAUCUCGCGGAUGCUAGCUAUCUAAAUAGCGCUCCUUAUAUAGUCCUAUAUAGAGGCGUACGAUACUAUUUGCGAGAGCAGUACCUAGCUGCAAUGCGGCCGGCGGACUAUAAGGAGUUGUUUAACCUUCGCUAUAGUUCCCUUCGCAACGUUGUCGAGCGGACUUUUAGUAUAAUAAAGCGUCGCUUCCGCAUAUUCGAGAGUGCGCCGCAGUAUAGUAUUCGCGCUUAA